AUGAUCAAUCAAGCAAAUACAAGACACUCACACAACCCCCCUCUUGUUCCUGUUUCUGACCUAGAUAAUCAAUCCAUAGACAGUGUUCAUACAAGCUCCCGUGGAUCAAGAAGAUGGAGGAGAGUUGUUUCAGAUACAGAAAGUGAUGGUUUUGAUUCUGUUUAUGGAGAAAGUGAUGCAAUCUCAUAUGGUGUUUAUGGAGAUGAUGAAUGGGAAGAGAUUGAAGAUGACAACAACAACAACAACAAUAACAAUAACAAUAACAAUACACUCGGAUCUUUAAUAGCUAGAGUUCAUCUCCAAAGAUCAUUGGAAUCGGAUAAUGAGAAUGCAGUUCAUGUAAGAAUAAGUGAAAGGAGACAAAGACAAGUUAACAUUGUGGAACAAGAAGGGCAUUUUGGGGAUUACCUUGAUGCUAGAAGUUUUGAGGAGCUGGUGGAGAGGCUAGCGGAGGCGGAUAAUUCAAGAAGAGGGGCGCCUCCUGCUGCGGUUUCUUUUGUGGAGAAUCUUGAAAAGGUGGUGGUGGUGGAGAAAGGGGAGUAUGAUGGGGUGGUGUGUGCGGUUUGUAAGGAGAGUUUUUGUGUGGGUGGUGUGGUGAAUCGGCUUCCUUGUUUUCAUGUUUACCAUGGUGGCUGUAUUAAACCAUGGUUAAGUUCACGGAAUUCUUGUCCUUUGUGUCGGUUUGAGCUUCCAACUGAUGACAUGGAGUAUGAGAACAGGAAAGAAAGGGUUGUGGAAAUGCAACGGGAGGAGGAGGAGGAAGAAGAAGAAGAGGAAGAGGAGGGGGGAAGGGCGGAAUCGUCUUUUGAAGGUUUGGAAUUGGUGAAUGAUGAGAGUGGAAGUGAAAGAGGAAGAGGGAGAUGGUUUUUUGUUGCGAGUUUGGUGGGAAUUGGUCUUGCAUUGUGGUUAGGGAAUCCGGGAGCUAUUCGGGAUUCUGGUUCUGGUCAAAGGGGGAAUAGGAAUAGGAGAUGGUGGUCUUUGUUUUAG